GCAUUUACCAAUGCUAUUUUAAAACAAAAUAAAUUUUGAGAUCCCGUGUAUUGAGUGGGAUACAUUUAAAAACAAUAUAAUUCAGACAUAAUAUUUAGUUUCUAAUAAACAUGAAUACUGUAAAAAGAGUUGGAUUGAUGCAUAAACAAUUGAUACAGCAGUUGCCUCGAUUGUCUCCAAUAUUAAUGCAAAAUCGUUUCUACUCAAGACCUACAAGUUUCCCAGACUAUUUUCAAAAUCCAAUUUUUAGAAAGGAGGAUCAAGCAAGCCUAAUUGAAAAUAAUGAGCUCAGUAAAAUAGCAGCCAUACCUGUGAAGCCACCAACUGUGUCUGAAACUUCCUCUGUGUAUUAUGAUCCAUUGGUUAAUAAAGUAAUUAAUCAUGUUAUGAAAAUGGGGAAUAAAAAAUUAGCUAGAAGCCUUGUUGAGAAAUCAUUUGAAAAUUUAAAAAGGAUACAGAUUGAAAGGUACCACCUUGCAAAAACACCAGAAGAAAAGGCUAAAAUAGAAUUAGAUCCUAAAGAAAUACUUCAUAGAGCUAUUGAAAAUUCAAAACCUUUACUUCAAUUGCUACCUAUUAAAAGGGGCGGCAUAACUUACCAGGUCCCUGGGCCAAUAACAGAGAAGAGAUCUUUAUUCCUGGCUAUUAAAUGGUUGUUAGAAGCUACAAACGACAAAGAAAGGACAGUUCACUUUCCAGAACAAUUUGCAUGGGAGUUAUUAGAUGCCGCGAACAAUUCUGGCAAAGUGGUUAAAAGAAAACAAGAUCUGCACAGGCAGUGUGAGGCAAACAGAGCUUAUGCGCAUUAUAGGUGGCAAUAGUUUAUUAUUAGUAUAUAUAGGUUUAAAAAUUGUAGUAAGACUUGUACAUUGUAAUAAAUUAUGAUUAUAGUA